CAACAGUAUUUCAAGCUCCUACUUGCAUCAACGGAUCCUGAAAUUCUUAUAGCUUCGUUAGAAACUCUUUCUGCCCUUGUUAAAAUAAAUCCCUCGAAGCUUCAUGGAAGAGGGAAGUUGAUUGGUUGUGGUUCUGUAAAUAGCUAUCUUCUCUCUCUCGCACAGGGAUGGGGAAGCAAGGAAGAGGGCUUGGGUUUAUAUUCAUGUGUUGUUGCAAAUGAGAUAACCCGAGAGGAAGGACGUUGUUUAUUUCCACAUGAUGUUGAAAAUGAUACUAAUAAUGCUCAGUACCGGAUAGGUUCGAGCCUAUAUUUUGAGUUGCAUGGGUGUGGUGCCAAAAGUAGCGAUGAAAGCAGUUCAAGUUCAAGCUCUUCUAAUUCCAGGGUUAUACACAUACCAGAUUUACAUUUAAAGAAGGAAGAUGAUUUGACGGUGUUGAAACAGUGCAUUGAGCUGUAUGAUGUACCUCCUGAGCUUAGAUUCUCACUUUUGACCAGGAUCAGAUAUGCUCGUGCCUUUCACUCUUCUAAUUUAAGAAGACUGUAUAGUAAAAUAUGCCUUCUUGCCUUCAUUGUACUUGUUCAGUCGGGUGAUUCUCAUGACGAGCUUGUUGCUUUCUUUGCUAAUGAGCCAGAAUAUACAAAUGAACUGAUUAGAAUUGUGCGGUCAGAGGAAACUGUUCCUGGAACCAUCAGGACACUUGCAAUGCGUGCUCUGGGAGCUCAGUUUUCUGCAUAUUCAUCGCAUGAACGGAGGAUUUUAAGUGGAUCUAGCAUUAGUUUUGCUGGGGGGAACCGUACAAUACUCUUGAAUGUUCUUCAGAAGGCUAUUUUAUCAUUGAAAAAUUCAAACGAUCCAUCAUCUCUUGCCUUUGUGGAAGCGCUCCUUCAGUUCUACUUGCUCCACAUGGUUUCCUCUUCAGCUUCAGGAAACAAUAUUCGGAGUUCAGGGAUGGUUCCCACUUUCCUACCUCUAUUGGAGGAUUCAGACCCUUCCCAUUUGCAUCUCGUUUGUCUUGCUGUGAAAACAUUGCAAAAGCUCAUGGAUUUCAGCAGCUCUGCUGCAUCUCUUUUUAAAGAGUUAGGGGGAGUUGAAAUUUUGGUUGAAAGGCUGCAGACAGAGGUACAUAGAGUAAUUGGCUUAAGUGGGAAUAAUAUAGAUUCAAUGAUUAUUGGUGAGAGCUCCAGAUGUAAUGAUGACCAGUUGUAUAAUCAAAAACGGAUGAUUAAGGUUUCACUGAAGGCACUGGGGGUUGCUACAUAUGUCCCAACGAGCUCUUCGAACACUUUACCUGACAUUCUGUCACUGAUAUUUGGCAAUGUAGAUAAAUUUGGUGGUGAUAUUUAUUGCUCCGCUGUGACUCUAAUGAGCGAAAUCAUCCAUAAAGAUCCUACUUGUUAUCCGUUGUUGCAUGAGUUGGGUCUUCCAGAUGCAUUUUUAGCUUCAGUGGCAGCUGGAAUACUGCCUUCUCCUAAGGCAAUUACUUGCGUUCCUAAUGGGAUUGGUGCAAUUUGUCUUAAUGCCAGAGGACUGGAAGCAGUGAAAGAAACUUUGGCACUGAGGUUCCUUAUUGACAUUUUUACCAAAGAAAAAUAUGUUCUGGUAAUGAAUGAAGCAAUUGUUCCUCUGGCUAAUGCAGUGGAAGAGCUUUGGCGCCAUGUUUCAUCAUUGCGAAGCAGUGGAGUUGAUAUUAUCCUUGAAGUAAUUGAAAAAAUCACUUCCCUUGGGGAUAAGGACCCUGCUGGCUCAUCAGGAAAGCUUAAUGGGAACACUGCAAUGGAAACAGAUUCUGAUGACAAAGAAAAUAACAGCAUUGUUACUGAAGAAGUGAUUAAUACUGAGCAAGUCGUUCAAUUAUGUAUUUUUCAUCUGAUGGUACUGGUUCACAGGACAAUGGAGAAUUCUGAAACAUGUAGGAUAUUUGUGGAGAAUUCUGGGAUUGAGGCUUUAUUGAAGCUGCUGUUACGACCUAGCAUUGCUCAGUCAGCUAAUGGAACUAUUGCUUUACAUAGUACAAUGGUUUUCAAAGGUUUUACCCAGCAUCAUUCUGCUCCCUUGGCACGUGCGUUCUGCUCCUCGCUUAGAGACCAUCUAAAGAACGUCUUGACUGGGUUUGACUUGGUUUCUGGAUCAUUUUUGCUUGAUCCCAGGACAACACCAGAUGAAAAAAUAUUUUCUUCACUUUUUCUUGUUGAGUUCCUUUUGUUUCUUGCUGACUCCAAAGACAAUCGAUGGGUGACGGCAUUGCUCACUGAGUUUGGCAAUGAGAGCAAGAAUGUAUUGGAAGAUAUUGGACGUGUGCAUCGUCAAAUUUUGUGGCAGAUAGCACUCCUUGAAGAUGUAAAACCUGAGUUAGAAGAUGAAAGUACAGGUUCUGUUACUGAGUUGCAGAACUCUGAGGUCCAUACAAAUGAAAUUGAAGAGCAAAGGUUUAACUCUUUCAGGCAGUUCCUUGAUCCCUUGUUAAGGAGGAGGACAUCUGGAUGGAGCGUUGAAUCUCAGUUUUUUGACCUUAUUAAUUUGUAUCGGGAUCUUGGUCGUGCCCCUAGUUCUCUUCAAAGGAUGGGUCCUAAUGGUUCUCCACUCCUGCAAUUUGGAGCCAAUAAUCAAGGACGUUCAGAGUCUUCUGACACCAUUGGGGCCUCUAACGGAAAAGAAUAUUCCCAGCAUAGAACUUGUUAUGCUUCUUGUUGCGACCUCGUGAGAUCCCUUUCUUUCCAUUCUACUCAUUUGAUUCAAGAGUUGGGGAAGGUGAUGCUGCUUCCAUCUCGUCGCCGUGAUGAUGUGGUAAAUGUAUCGUCUUCCUCCAAGGCCGUGGCUUCCACUUUGUCCUCUCUUGUGUUAGAUCAUAUGAAUUUUGUGGGUCAUGUGAAUGCUUCUGGAUCUGAGGGAUCAAUAUCAACCAAGUGCCGUUACUUUGGGAAGGUUAUUGAUUUUGUUGACGGCAUAUUACUGGAUAGACCAGAUUCCUGUAAUACUGUUUUGCUAAAUUGCUUAUAUGGGCAUGGAGUUGUGUCAUCUGUUCUGACCACUUUUGAAGCUACAAGCCAGUUACUUUUCACAAUAAAUAGAGCCCCGUCUUCUCCUAUGGAAACCGAUGAUGCAAAUUUAAAGCAAGAUGAAAAGGCAGAUAAUGAUCAUUCAUGGAUUCAAGGCCCCUUAGCCAGCUAUGGAAGACUCAUGGAUCACCUGGUGACCUCACCGUUUAUAUUAUCUUCAUUCACUAAGCAUUUGCUUGCACAACCACUGACUAGUGGUGAUGUUCCCUUUCCUCGCGAUGCAGAGACUUUUGUGAAGGUCCUCCAGUCCAUGGUGCUGAAGGCAGUCCUCCCUGUUUGGACCCAUCCUCAGUUUAUUGACUGUAGUUGUGAAUUUAUUACCACUGUUAUAUCUAUCAUUAGGCAUAUAUAUUCUGGGGUUGAAGUUAAAAGUGUCAGUAGCAAUUCCAGUGCUCGUAUUGCUGGCCCUCCUCCAAAUGAAACAGCAAUUUCGACAAUUGUUGAGAUGGGUUUUUCAAGGAGUAGGGCAGAAGAAGCACUGAGGCAAGUUGGAUCGAACAGUGUAGAAUUAGCUAUGGAGUGGUUGUUCUCCCAUCCAGAGGAGGUCCAAGAGGAUGAUGAACUUGCUCGUGCACUUGCCCUAUCAUUAGGAAACUCUGAAUUGGAAAUGAAGGAACCUGUUUCAAGUGAGGUCUCAAAGCAGAUAGAAGAAUCAGUCCAACUCCCUUGUACCGAGGAGUUGUUGUCUACAUGCGUAAGGCUUUUGCGAGCAAAAGAAACUCUAGCAUUUCCAGUUAGAGACCUGCUUGUGAUGAUUUGCUCUCAGAAUGAUGGUCAAAAUCGGUCUAAUGUGAUGUCUUUUCUGAUUGACAGCGUGAAGGGCUGUGAUAAAAUUUCUGAUAGUGGAAAUAGUACAACAUUAUCUGCUCUUUUUCAUGUUAUUGCCUUAAUCCUUAAUGACGAUACUGUGGCACGAGAAGCUGCCUAUAAAAAUGGUUUAGUUACAGUUUCCUCAAAUCUACUUUCGCAAUGGGAUUCUGGAUUGUCUUUUGGCGUUAAAGUUGAAGUUCCUAAGUGGGUUACGGCUGCAUUUCUUGCCAUUGAUCGGCUUUUGCAGGAGGAGAAGAAAUUCAAUCCUGAAAUAGCAGACCAACUGAAAAGGGAUAAUGUUGGUGGUGACGCUUUGACCAUUGAUGAAGAUAAACAAAAUAAGUUGCAGUCUGCCUUGGGACUUUCCCCAAAGUAUAUUGAUGUUGGCAAUCAAAAAGAACUUAUUGAAAUUGCUUGCAGCUGUAUCAAGAAACGGCUUCCAUGUGAAACAAUGCAUGCUGUUCUGCAGUUAUGCUCGAGUCUCACCAGAUCGCAUUCUGUUGCUGUUAGUUUCCUUGAAGCGGGGGGGUUAACUUCCUUGCUUUCAUUGCCAACAACUAGCCUCUUUCCUGGGUUCGACAGUAUUGCAUCUACCAUUAUCCGUCACAUCCUUGAAGAUCCUCAAACUCUUCAGCAGGCAAUGGAAUCUGAAAUUAGGCAUACCCUUAUCACUGCUAUGAACAGAUAUCCAAAUGGGAGGGUAACCCCCAGAAAUUUUUUGUUAGGUUUAAAUUCUGUUAUUUCAAGGGAUCCUGUGAUAUUUAUGCGGGCUGCUCAAUCUGUCUGCCAAAUUGAGAUGAUUGGUGAGAGGCCUUACGUUGUAUUUCUGAAAGAUCGUGAGAAGGAUAAAAGUAAAGAGAAAGACAGAGAGAAGGAAAAAUCAAUGGAAAAAGAGAAAACACAGAAUCAUGAUGUGAAAGUUCCUUUGGGCAAUGCUAAUCCAGCCACUGCAGGAAAUGUGCGGAGCAAGUUUCAUGAUUCUAGAAGUAGUCGUGUUCAUAAAAAAUCCUCUCAAAACUUCAUAAAUGUGAUUGAACUUCUUUUGGAGUCUGUAUAUACAUUUAUACCUCCUAUGAAAGAUGAUGUUACUGUGGAGUUGACCAGCGGUGCCCAAGCAUCUUCUGAUAUGGACAUUGAUGUUGCUGCAGUUAAGGGAAAAGGGAAAGCCAUUGCUUCGCUAUCUGAAGAUGAUGCAAAUAGCCAGGAAGCUUCUCUGCUUAAUUUAUUGGAAGUGAUCAUUGACAACGCUGAAAGCAAAUCACAUUUAUCCGAUCAACCCACACAAUCUACUGUUGAGCAACCAGCUGCUCCUGAAGUUUCCUUAUCCGAUGCUGAAGUGAAUGGACAAUCUAGUAGUGUAUCCUCUGGGGUUGGAACAUCAUCUAAACUUGGUUCUUACUUUAAAAUGGCAGCUUCAGCUGCUGAUGGUGAAUUUGAUAUUCAUAGUAUUCUUGCAAACCUGCCAGAAGCAGAAUUACGGCUUCUGUGCUCACUGUUGGCACGAGAAGG